GUUUUUUUAAUAUUAUGGGAACAAAUUAAAAAAUUAAAUAACGAAAACUGGGAGUGUCCCAUCCUAUUGAGACCUUGGUCAAAGUAUGACAGUAUUUUCAUAACCGCUGAUCAGCAUGACGUCAAAGAUUUUAAUCUUCCUGGAGAUUCAGAAAAACUGAAAUAUAUCUAUCCAGAACCAUUAUUUAAAAUUUUUGUUGGAUCUGAGAAUGAUUCGGAUAUACCCGAAACGUCAACUAUUGAGCAUUUCAUAAUUAAUGACUUGAUCCGAGAUAUUAUUGAUAUUUUUGAAAUAAAUCGUAAAGAAUGCAUCAGAUAUUUGAAAGAAAUUCCAUCGAAAUUCGCUUCGGGUACUUUUGAUCAAAUCCUACCAGCCAAAAAAACAGAGAAUAUUGAAACAUCUGGUUGGCCGGGUCAAGAUGAAGAGAUGAGUACAGAUCGUGAAACGGAAAUCACGAUUAACUGGAAACUUGAGAAAAUUAUUGUAGAG